GGUAGACUGUCAGAAGAGAAAGGAAAUUUUUGGGUUACUUCAAGACACCCGCCCCCAGCGGCCCCCACCCAACUGACGUUUUUCGGAUUGCGGCUUUGGAAAUUGAAGUGUUGACUAGAGUAUGGACGAAGUUGCUGAUCUCAUUCUUUGAGUACCGUACUAGUAAAACCAUAUAAGUGUCAGCCAGAAGAGAGAGUACUGUUGACAUUUGCAUCGAUGCUGUUUGCAUCUUUUGAGUUCAUAAGAUGUCGGGUUCUGUGAAUCUUUUAUCGAAUUUAGAGUGUGUACUACAUUUAUUUAAUUCUGCAAAUGCUUAAAAUGAAAACAUUCGGGAAAUGCGAAGGUUACCUUCAAAUUUUAAAUGAUUAAUUCUUCUCAGAAAUGCUAAACAGUGGAAUACCAUUGAAGAAACAUAAUUUUCAAGACUAGUGAACAAUAAGAAGGGGACAUGGUUUUAGAAUGAUAAGUGAAAUGCUGGUAUUAUUAGAUCGUGUUGUUAUUAGACGCUAAGAUUUACUUGAGAGUUUCCCUUCAUUUUCUUGGAAGACAGCUGAGAGAAGAGAUGGAUGAUUCCUACACUUUAAACAUUUGCGGUACAACAAACUAGUUAGUUCUAAUGGCUUGGGUCUUUAAGCUAAUUGUGUGUUUUAAGACUAGCAUCUAACCACUAGCACUUGAAAACACAAGUUCUAAUGUUCUCUUUUAUUUUGAAAAUUUGUGCUUUUGUGAAAUAUUAAUCAGCAUAUGGUUUCUGCUGGGAGCUCUAUAAUCAAAACGGCUUACUACUCAGAGGUAGAUACCUUCUCUCCACGUUGAUUUUAUUAAUGGGUGUUGAUUUUUACUUUAAAAAACCAAAGCUGAAGUAGAUUAUUUCAGAAUCACAUGCAGUGAAGGCUGAGGAAAACUGAGGCUGAUUCUUCCAGUUCUCUUAUGUCUGUUUCCUUGUGCACAAUUUUUUGUUGGUGAGAGUGUUAUUAGUGAGAUUAAAAAUAAAGCAGUCUCUAUUCUAUCAACAUGUUUGUGUAUUGCCCAUAAAAGGGCUCAGGAAAGCUAGGUUUUGUGAAUAUUAGCAAAUUUUAAAGAGAAAGGGAAUAUCUCUUUUUGAUGAAUAUUUCUUUUUUCCUUAACAUGGAUAUUUUGCUGCAUAUUACAUUUCAUUUUUCCUUUGUCCUUCCUACAUUGUAAUGAAUUUGUAAAUUUAGUUUUAUAAAUGUUUGUUUUCAAGUAAUAAAUUCAAAUAGCUGGAUACUAGAACAAGCUUUUUCUUUCACCAAGUUAGUAUAUUCUUUAGGUAAUUAACAAAUGACUAGAAGUCUUUUUAAGUCCACAAGUUUUCUAAUGUAUUUUCAAUGUUACGAUGUGAAGAUAAAUUUGUAAUUCCAUUUCAAGUUCUAAAAUUUUUUGUUUUAAGACUUCUACAAGUUAAUACUCCUUUCUCCCGGGCUGCCUUUAAGACUUCUAAAGGAAAGCUACCCUUCAACUCCUACUCUGCGAAAUAGCCACACUUACAGUCUUGUCCUGAAAGUAACUCACUGUUUCAAUAGUGAAAAUAUGCUAACCAUCCAACGUAUUGAAUUAUUUUGGAGAAGGCUUUAUUAUUAGUCUUCUUUGCUUUUUAGAUAUAUUUUUAAGUAACAGACAAGCUGACAUAUAAGGGAAGAGCAGAGAUUUUAUACAUAUAUAAUGAAUAGCAUAAAAUAAGUACAGAUUUAUGUGGAGAAAUCUGGGCCUCCAUCAUUUGCUGGUUUUCACGUAAAAUCCCCAUGUUAAUCGUGCAAAUGAUAUUUAACUUGUGUUCUGUCUAGAAACUUCAUGAGUUGCCUCUGAACUGGGGAACUGAGAAGUCAGUUCCUAAUGACAGUUGCUUUUCUCAGAAAAUCAUGACUUCCAAACCCAAUCUGUUUCAGAUUCUCUGGACAUAAAUGGGAGAGAGGGGAGGACAUUGAAACUACAAAAUUAGUCCAGGAACACGGGCAGUCUUGAGCUCUGGUCUUCUUUUCUGUGGGAAGGAGCCAUCAGCACGGGAGAAUAGUAGGGAUCGGCAAGCAGGCGAGCUCCCUUGUUGGUUGCAAUUUCAUUGACCUGGCUGCCUCGAGUUCUCAUUAGGGGGCAAAGACUUGGCUCAGCGCAAGAGAGACCUCUGAGGAAGAGCAGUAGCUCUUUUGGAUUGGAUUUCACCAGGUGUUAGCCUUGGUUUGCAAGCCGGAGUAUAACACCCCUGCCCCAGUCUGUGCAAAGACCCUGCCACUUAGCCUUUGCCUCCCUGGGUGGGCUGGGGUCUAUCCAGGGUCCUGAUUGCUACUCUGUGAGCCUGAAGGAGUCACCACUUCAUAUGCGCAUUUGCGUGGUGGGAAGUGCUCCCGAAUCUCAUUUCCCCUUUCCAGCAGGCUCGGGGACAGGGGAGGUAAUACAGAAGAAUCAGUACAAGGGGCCCCGCCCGACACUGAAGAUUUCCCUCAAAUUUCGGGGAAGUUAUUUGUGGGGCCCAAUUCCAUCUCAGAACGGGCCUGCCCUUCAGGGAGCCAUUUCAGAGAUCCCUGAACAGAGAUGCUUGAUUCUAAGGCUGGUUCACAGGACCACCCCAGGCUGCUCUUUGGUGACCAGGGUACUUUGCCCUGUUUUUUCCUCUUCAGUAGGAAGUAGUAAACUUCAGCCCAAAGCUGAAGUAGCUAAUGCUUUAUAGAAUGGGAGCUUUUACUAAGAGGAAAGGAAGCCAUGAGUACCUGGCAGGAAUGUUUGUGUGGGGAAGUGAAGGAAUAGAUCAAGGGUCUUUGAGGGUGCAGCCACUGACAAGGUUUAUGCCCUAGAUUGCUAUUGGUUUCUUGAUGGUUAGCCUUCCCUUGACUGGACAACCAUGUACUCAGCUGUCUCUUGGGCUAAGUCAGGGAACCAAGCCUCCUGACUCAGAGGGUAGAGGAGUUGUUCUGUGGGAAUAGAACCCUCAGAUGGAAUGGGUACAGUCUUCUCAGAGUGGGAGGCAGCGAUCCAUGCUUGAGAAGCCAAGGCUAAGAUUGCAUGGCCGUUUCCUGUCUGCUCCCUGCAGGAGGUGAUGGGGAGAGUGUGGGGGCAUUGGCAGGGGUCCCCUGGAGAUAGGCCUUGAUGCUCUCAUAACCACCAGGGCUGCAGACUACAGUAAGGGGGCUGUAAGCUUCACUACCUAUCUGGGAGUAGGAAAAUAGGCCCUAGAUUAUUCAUCAGAUCUAGGAAGAGAGAAAUCGCUUAUUUCUGAGCCCCCUCUACUCCUGAGCCCGUUUCGGAGACCAAAGACGAUCUCCUUUAGCUGUCAUGUCUAAAAAUUCAUUCAUUAAUUAAUGGUCGUUAAUCUGUCUGCAUAAGAACCAGGAAUCAUUUAAUGUUUUACAUUUUGGGGGGUGAGGACCUUUCCUGCCACACACAAGUUUCUGGGAGGAAACGCAAAGGGGGCGAGCGAACCUGCUUUAAUGAAUCCCGGGGAACUGCGUUUCCCAGGAAAUUCCUGACAUUUUUAGCUCAUGAAUUUCCGAAAGCCUGCUUGGUUUUCUCCUCCAUUCUGGGUCCUUCCAGAGAAGAGGAGUGGGCUGGGGUCUGAAUGUUCAGCAGGGCCUGGUUCUUCCGCAGAGCUGGCCAGCAACCCAGUCUGGGCUCAGCCGUGAGUAGGGUUCCCCCUUCCCCAAAUCUUGGGAUGAGGGGGAGGCCGGCAAGGCAGUCGUGGUCCCAAGAGGCGCUGGUUGCGGGUUUUUGGAUCUCGCGAGAGUGGCUGACUGGCUGUGGGGGUUGCGGCGGCAGCAGGCGGAGCCGGGGAGGGAAAGCAGCGGCGGCUGAGGCGACUGAGGCGGCGGGCGGAGCGGCAGGCGGCGGCGGCGGCGGCGGCGGCGCGGCGGCGGAGCGCAGCAUCAUGGCGGACCGAGACAGCGGCAGCGAGCAGGGUGGUGCGGCGCUGGGCUCGGGCGGCUCCCUGGGGCACCCGGGCUCGGGCUCAGGCUCCGGCGGGGGCGGUGGUGGCGGCGGGGGCGGCGGCGGCAGUGGCGGCGGCGGCGGCGGCGGCGGGGCCCCGGGGGGGCUGCAGCACGAGACGCAGGAGCUGGCCUCCAAGCGAGUGGACAUCCAGAACAAGCGCUUCUACCUGGACGUGAAGCAGAACGCCAAGGGCCGCUUCCUGAAGAUCGCAGAGGUGGGCGCGGGUGGCAACAAGAGCCGCCUCACUCUCUCCAUGUCAGUGGCCGUGGAGUUCCGCGACUACCUGGGCGACUUCAUCGAGCACUACGCGCAGCUGGGCCCCAGCCAGCCGCCCGACCUGGCCCAGGCACAGGACGAGCCGCGCCGGGCGCUCAAGAGCGAAUUCCUGGUGCGCGAGAACCGCAAGUACUACAUGGAUCUCAAGGAGAACCAGCGCGGCCGUUUCCUGCGCAUCCGCCAGACGGUCAACCGGGGGCCCGGCCUGGGCUCCACGCAGGGCCAGACCAUUGCGCUGCCCGCGCAGGGGCUCAUCGAGUUCCGUGACGCUCUGGCCAAGCUCAUCGACGACUACGGAGUGGAGGAGGAGCCGGCCGAGCUGCCCGAGGGCACCUCCUUGACUGUGGACAACAAGCGCUUCUUCUUCGAUGUGGGCUCCAACAAGUACGGCGUGUUUAUGCGAGUGAGCGAGGUGAAGCCCACCUACCGCAACUCCAUCACCGUGCCCUACAAGGUGUGGGCCAAGUUCGGACACACCUUCUGCAAGUACUCGGAGGAGAUGAAGAAGAUUCAAGAGAAGCAGAGGGAGAAGCGGGCUGCCUGUGAGCAGCUCCACCAGCAGCAGCAGCAGCAGCAGGAGGAGACCGCCGCUGCCACCCUGCUACUGCAGGGUGAGGAAGAAGGGGAAGAAGAUUGAUCAAACUGAAUGGAAACCCCUCCCCAUACACACAUGCAUACACAUAGACACAGACACACACACACACACACACACGUACAGCCACACACAGAGAAAAUAUACUGUAAAGAAAGAGAAUAAAGUUUAAAAGUUAAAAAAAAAAA